AUGUCCUUACCUACUAAAUCUACUCAAGUCGUCUUCGAACACAACCCAAAUGGAGACAUCGUUCCAGAUACCGGAAAGCCAGACUCCACCUUUGCUGUGAAGGAGGCUAAGCUCGAUACUGAUUUGAAGAAAGGUGACUUGCUACUCAAAACGUUGUACCUUUCAAAUGAUCCCACUCAACGUAACUGGUUGAGGAAAAAGGGAGACGAUGGUAGAAACUAUUCAAAGAGCAUUUACGAGGGUGAGGUGAUGGAAGCUUAUGGGCUCGCUAAAGUGAUAAAGUCAAACGCCGAAGGAUACAAAGAAGGAGAUAUUAUUAGUUCAAGAAUCCAGUGGGCUGACUACUCGGUUUUGCCAGCCAAUGAAGUGUUCAACAAAGUGGAUACGAGUGCAAACUUGCCUUUGUCUUACUUUCUAUCUGUUUUGGGGAUGACCUCAUUAACUGCUUUUCUUGGAUUGACAGAAGCUGGCCAAUUGAGGAAAUAUUUGUCUGACAAGAGUGGAAAGGGACCAGUUGUCUGUGUCUCUGCUGCUUCAGGUGCUGUUGGGUCUACCGUGGUUCAAAUUUCUAAACAUGUAUUAGGUGCUUCCAAAGUCAUUGGACUCAGCGGCUCUGACGAAAAGGCAAAGUGGGUGGAGAAACUUGGGGCCGACUUGUGUGUCAAUUACAAGAAUUCAAAUUACCAAGACCAAAUUCUCAAGUUUCUUGAUGGCGAUUACAUCGACGUAUACUUUGACAAUGUUGGAGGUGAGAUUCUCAGUUUUGUUUUGGCGCAUAUGGCCAAUUUUGGAAGAAUUGUUGCUUGUGGAGCAAUCUCAGGGUACAAUGAUCCAAAGGCUGCUAGAGUCGACAACUGGUUCCAUAUCAUAGCUCAAUGUUUAACCGUGGAAGGUUUCCUCGUCGGUCAGUAUAAAGAAAAGUUUCCUGAAGCUAUCGACAUAUUGACAAAAGCAAUUAAGGAAAAGAAGGUGGAUGUUGAUGAUUCCAUUCAUGUGGAGACUUUGAGCGGUGACUCUGAGAAACAGAAGUUCGCCAAAGUACCACAAAUCUGGAACCAGUUAUUUACAGGCGAGAAACCAAAAGGUAAGUUGUUGAUCAAGGUGGCUGAUGCUUAA